UGUAACACCGUAUACAACGCGGAGCUCUCACUUGUUUUUCCGAGAAGAAGAAAAGUCCAAGGAAAAGAUAAGAUGGCUGAGGUGUCGGCAGAUGCCGUCACCUUGGAUUUGCUGAGAGACGCCAGGGAGACGGUGCGUCUCAGUCCCCUGGGUGUCAUCAACACUCCCAUGAUCCCCUGGUGCCAGACCACCCUGCCUCUCGACGUCGACUGCAACAUUCACAUCAAACUGGAAAACAUGCAGAGAACCGGGUCCUUUAAAAUCAGAGGGGUGGCCAAUCAGUUUGCCAGGAGACCAGAGGGCGGUCAUUUUGUCACCAUGUCUGCAGGGAACUAUGGAAAAUCGUUUGCAUACGCUUCAAAACACUAUGGGUCGAGGGGUAUGGUGGUGAUGCCCGAAACUGCCCCAGUUUCCAGAUCCAUCCUCAUACAGAGCUUUGGGGUCGAGGUUGAGCGAGUUCCCACAUCCAGUCUAAUGAACGUGGUGAACCGCUGCAUUCAGGAGGACAACAUGACGUUCCUGCACUCAUAUGAUGACCUAGAUCUGAUAGCGGGACAUGCCAGUCUGGGUAUGGAGGUGCUUGAGGUGGUCUGUGAGCCAGAUGUGGUGGUGGUGUGUUGCGGUGGUGGGGGGCUGCUGGCCGGUGUAGCUGCUGCCAUCAAACUGUCAGGCUGUGAAAAGACCAGGAUCUACGGCGUGGAACCAGAAGGAGCCUGCACCAUGUACAAAAGCUUCAUUGAGAAGAAACCAGUGGGAAUGGACACCAAGAGCAUCGCCUCAGGUCUUGCACCACCUUUUGCAGGCAGGCUUCCAUACGAGUUGUGCCAGCGCUUCGUGGAGGCGAUUGUCCUGGUGAGCGAUGAGGAGCUACAGGUGGCGGUGACCACCCUCUACAGGUCAGGACUGGUGGUGGAGCCGUCUGGCUCGGCUGCCUUCGCUGCCAUCGUUAACAACAAGAUCCCUGAGCUGGAGGGGAAGAAUGUCGUGUGCAUCCUCAGCGGAGGCAACAUCGGAAAGGACGAGCUCGCGAACUUCCCAGACUGACAAGACGUCUGUCAGCUCCUCAUCAUGUGACUGAUCCUGACCAGUUUGAGCCAAUGUUUUGCUGCUGAGAAGAAAUCAAGGACUAAUCGAAUGAUAAACUGAGUUUACGCUGCAUCUCUUUGUUUGCAUUUAAAGUGGUACUUUUCAAGUAAAUCAAUUCAUUUAAUUUCAAUGGAAGGUUAGUUUUCUGAAAUGAAUGGAAAUAUAGUCUAUUUUAAUAAACAAUCUCAUGUCAUUUUAUUUUGACUAUGUAAAUGUUUUUUGUCCUCAGAAAAGCUGAGAUUGCAAAUCAAGGUUUGAAGUGUGCAAACUUUUAGCGUAUGAAAAUAAACACCCACGGCCGUGA